CUCACCAGCGGUCACACUCCAGUAGGCAAGCAGCCUCACAGCACAUUCUGACCAUCACACACAGGCUUGGAGAGAGAGGGAGAGAGCGAGAGAGACCGAAUCAGCACCUCACACACAUUGCCAGAACCUGCUCGCUCCAGGGUGAGGAAUUCUUUACUUAAAGAAAUUUGAAUUACUCAACCAGCAUUACUAUCUGUCCUCUCUCUCUGACAUGGAGCUCCACCGCCUCCGACACCACCACAGCCACCGGACUGACGACAAGCUCCAGAUGCUGAACCUCAACCAACGCCUGGAGACCUACCUGGGCCGAGUGAGGCUGCUGGAGGAGGAGAACAAGCUACUAUGCCAGGAGAUCCAGGCCCUGAGGGGCAGCGGCCAGGGGGGGCGGAUGGGCCUGGAGGACAAGCUGAGCCUGGCCAGGCAAGAGGUAGAGGAAGUCUGGAGGGAGAAGGAUCGGGUGGAGCUGGAGCUAGGGAGCCUGGGUGAAGAGCUCUACGUCCUGGGGCUGCAGAGACAGUGGGAGGCGGACGCCCAUGGGGAGGUGAAGAAGAAGCUGGCAGACAGCAGGAAGCAGAUGGAGGAGGAGAGGAGGGCUCAGAUCUGGUUAGGAGAGAAGGUGAGCCAGCUAGAGAAACAAAUCCAGUUCCAGAUAAAAACCCACCAGGAAGAUGUUGCCGGCUUCCAGGCUACACUAAUCCAUGUCAGACCUGCACUGCCACCCCCUCCACCCCAAACGGGCACCCAGCUGCCCAGCCUCCAGGAGCUGGGUGAGGAGUACUCCCAGAUGGCUGUCAGGGCGUGGCAUGAGGCGGCCAUGGUGUUUCAGGGCCAGGUGGACAGCCUGGACGAGUCUCUAAACCAGGCCAGAACCCGGUUGGCCCAGGUGGGCCAAGAGAAGAAUGAGAGCCAACUGAAACUUCAUGCCCUGGAGAAUGAGCUGCAAUCAGCCCAGGAUAGAAGGCAGUGUCUGGAGAGGAGUGUGGCCAAACAGAGAGACAUGCAGAGGCAAGAGAUACAAAACCUGCAGGCCCAUCUGGACGUGUUGGAGAUGGAGAAGGGGGCGCUGGGAAAUCAGAUUGACACUCUCCUGACAGAAAGUAGGGGUCUGCUGCAGCUGAAGAUGUCUCUGGGCAUGGAGGUGGCCACAUACAGAGCUUUACUGGACAAUGAAAGUCUGAAGGGGGAUUUCUCUUCAACAAAUCAGCUAAGGAGCACCUACAUCUCUGAUGGAGUGCCCAGCUCCCGAGGGGUUAAGCAAAGCUUCCAGACACAGCUGGCUACCAGUCACAUGAUCAGGCCCAUCUCUACCAUCCAUAGAGCAAGCCCACGAUCCAAUGUGACAUUGAUGUCCACAUCACCAAUCUGGACUCAAAAUCGGGUAACUCUGAAUGAAACACCUGAGAGUUGUCGAAAGACAGGAGAGCAUAUCGACUUUGGCGUAGGGUCCAACCACCAGGUAAGUUGUUCAACGCCUUUCCCCAAAGUACCACAGGACGGAAUUUCAGCCCACCCCUUCAGUCCCCAAGAUGUCCAUAAAGAAGUCAACUAUGCUGAGCCUCUCUCACCUCCCACUGAAGAGGCAGGUGCUGAUGUUGUAUCUUGGCUUGGAUCUGACCACAAGGAACAAUCCAUGUGGGAUUUGGAAAAGGAGGAAGAGGAUCAGAACAUAGUCAGAACCUGGUUUGCUGAAGAGAAACCCGUUCUGGAAUCUGCCAUGAGUCACCGGGUCGAGACCAGCUUCAGUAUGCCAACUGUGUUCAGCACUGAUGCUCAAGAGCUCUACAGCCCUUCAGUGAGCUAUGAGAGAGCAGGUUCGGUGACAGGGGCACAUUCUGCUUUCUCAGCGAAUGAUGAUAAUGAUGUACCUUUUGAAAUGUCUUUUGAAAAAGAGGAACCUCUACUAGAUCUGCCUUAUGGUCCCAUGAAUGCAUCGGAGGAAAGAGAUCUUGAAACAGCAAAGAAAGAUGCUGAAUGGGUGGGAAAUGAAGGCUUGGAAUCUGAAACUGCAUCAGUGCUAGAACAAGCAUUUGAGACCUUCACAAGCAGUCAAGCUUUUGAGUAUGGGGCGGGGAAAAGUUACAACAAGCCAAUAGAGUUCAACCAAGAGGACAAUAUGUCAUAUGAAUCCACUCAAGCCUCCCACGGUUCAGAAGAGGCAUUUCGCCAUGUUAAAAGACUGGAGGAAGAUGUUAUUCAUCCCCCAAAAGAGGAUGAAAAUGAUAUGUCUAACAAACAUGAGGAGCAAUUGGAAGAUGAAUUGCACCCCUAUGGGUAUGGUAAGGAGGAUCGUGAAAGAUUGGGAGGAUUCAUUAAGGAAAAUGAUAUGACAGAAAGAAUCGAUAAGUUCAACCAAGAGGAGAUGAUCUCAUAUGAAUCUGCUCAAGCUUCUCACUGGUCAGAAGAGGUAUUUCACCAUGUUGAAAGAGUGGAGGAAGGUGACAUACAUUUCACAAAAGUGGAUGAUGAAAAUGAUAUGUCUAACAAACGUGAGGAACAACAUGCACUGAACCCCAAUGGGGAGGUAAAGGAUGCAUGGGAUAGAGUGGGAGGGUACAAUGAAGAGAAUGGAAUUGGAGAAAGAAUGUAUGAUUGGAAAGAAGCAAAGUAUCAUGUGAAAGAGGAAGAGAUGUGGAAUAACAGAGAAACCAAACCCAAUCGGUCUGAUCAAGAGUAUAUACCUUCAAAUGAAGAGAAACUAAAGCAAUUCGAGCAAGAGCAAAUACCUUCAGGCGGAGAGAAACUGAAUCAAUCUGAGCAAAGGUAUAUCAAUUCAAAUGGAGAGAAACUGAAUCAAUCUGAGCAAAGGUAUAUCAAUUCAAAUGGAGAGAAACUGAAUCAAUCUGAGCAAGAGCAAAUACCUUCAGGCGGAGAGAAACUGAAUCAAUCUGAGCAAAGGUAUAUCAAUUCAAACGGAGAGAAACUGAAUCAAUCUGAGCAAGAGCAUAUACCUUCAGGCGGAGAGAAACUGAAUCAAUCUGAGCAAGAGCAAAUACCUUCAGGCGGAGAGAAACUGAAUCAAUCUGAGCAAGAGCAUAUACCUUCAGGCGGAGAGAAACUGAAUCAAUCUGAGCAAGAGCAAAUACCUUCAGGCGGAGAGAAACUGAAUCAAUCUGAGCAAGAGCAAAUACCUUCAGGCGGAGAGAAACUGAAUCAAUCUGAGCAAGAGCAAAUACCUUCAGGCGGAGAGAAACUGAAUCAAUCUGAGCAAGAGCAAAUACCUUCAGGCGGACAGAAACUGAAUCAAUCUGAGCAAGAGCAUAUACCUUCAGGCGGAGAGAAACUGAAUCAAUCUGAGCAAGAGCAAAUACCUUCAGGCGGAGAGAAACUGAAUCAAUCUGAGCAAGAGCAAAUACCUUCAGGCGGAGAGAAACUGAAUCAAUCUGAGCAAGAGCAUAUACCUUCAGGCGGAGAGAAACUGAAUCAAUCUGAGCAAGAGCAAAUACCUUCAGGAGGAGAGAAACUGAAUCAAUCUGAGCAAGAGCAAAUACCUUCAGGCGGAGAGAAACUGAAUCAAUCUGAGCAAGAGCAUAUACCUUCAGGCGGAGAGAAACUGAAUCAAUCUGAGCAAGAGCAAAUACCUUCAUGCGGAGAGAAACUGAAUCAAUCUGAGCAAAGGUAUAUCAAUUCAAACGGAGAGAAACUGAAUCAAUCUGAGCAAGAGCAUAUACCUUCAGGCGGAGAGAAACUGAAUCAAUCUGAGCAAGAGCAUAUACCUUCAGGCGGAGAGAAACUGAAUCAAUCUGAGCAAGAGCAAAUACCUUCAGGAGGAGAGAAACUGAAUCAAUCUGAGCAAGAGCAUAUACCUUCAGGCGGAGAGAAACUGAAUCAAUCUGAGCAAGAGCAAAUACCUUCAGGAGGAGAGAAACUGAAUCAAUCUGAGCAAGAGCAAAUACCUUCAGGAGGAGAGAAACUGAAUCAAUCUGAGCAAGAGCAAAUACCUUCAGGAGGAGAGAAACUGAACAUAUCCGACAAUGACAAAGAGGAUCAUGAUGAGGCAAACUACUGUCAAAAUAAUUCUGUUUCAUGUAGGGCUGAGCUAGAAGGCGACAGCUAUGCUCAGGACAACACACUAGCCGACACACACCCCUUGAUCCGUUACAAGAGUGACGAGACUGAUGUCAACACUCAGGCUUCACACAUGGGCGAGAGUGACUCCAGUGAUGGUGAAGAGGACAGGGAGGUUUGCCAGACAGGAACAGACACCUGGGGCGAAGGCAAGUCCAAACAGUUUGACACCAUGGAGGAUCUGUGUGAAGAGUCAGAAGGGGAUGUCAUAGAUCAGGAACGUAACAUGGGCUCCACUCACCAAGAGGACAUGGAUGCUAGCCAAACAAAGGAGCAUGCUACACAGGAGAACGAUGAGGAGAAUGCUGUAGAUCAGUUGAUUCAGGAGGCGGAAGAGGAGCAAUCCUAUGAGGAACUUACAGAACCUGGAGAGUACUCCAUGGUGUGCUCUGAUGAGGACUAUAAUGAAGAAAGAAUUGAUAGAUUGGUGGAGCAAGAGCUUGAGAACUUAUCUAUAUCCAGUUACAGUGAACACUUUACUGGGCAGAUGAUUGAGAGUGAGUCAGUACUGAGUCUUCAAAUUGAGUCUCACACUGAACUUAACCAGACACAAGACAUAUUAUACAGUGAGGAGGUAGAGCAGAUACACUCAGAGAGACUGAAUCAAUCUGAACAAGAGUAUAUACCCUCAGGCGGAGAGAAACGGAAUCUAAAUGCACAAGAACACAUACCCUCAGAUGGAGAGAAUCUGAAUCAAUCUGAACAAGAGUAUAUACCCUCAGGCGGAGAGAAACUGAAUCUAUAUGUGCAAGAAAACAUACCCUCAGAUGGAGAGAAACUGAAUCAAUCUGAGCCAGAGUAUAUAAUUUCAGGCGGAGAGAAACUGAAUCAAUCCGAGACAGAGGAUAUAACUUCAGGCGGAGAGACACUGGAUAUAUGUGAGCAAGAACAUAUAUCCUCAGACAGAGAGAAAAUGAAUCAAUCCGAGCAAGAAAAUAUACCUUUAGGCGGAGAGACACUGGAUAUAUGUGAGCAAGAACAUAUAUCCUCAGACAGAGAGAAAAUGAAUCAAUCUGAACAAGAGGAUAUAACUUCAGGCGGAGAAAAACUGAAUCAAUCCGAGCCAGAGUAUAUAAUUUCAGGCGGAGAGAAACUGAGUCAAUCUGAACAAGAGAAUAUACCUUCAGGUGGAGAGAAAAUGAAUCAAUCCGAUCCCGAGUAUAUACCUUCAUGUGCAGAGAAACUAAAUCAGUCUGAGCAAGAGUGUAUACCUUCAGGUGCAGAGAAACUGAAUCAGUCUGAGCAAGAGUGUAUACCUUCAGGUGCAGAGAAACAGAAUCAGUCUGAGCAAGAGUGUAUACCUCCAGGUGCAGAGAAACAGAAUCAGUCUGAGCAAGAGCGUAUACCUUCAGGUGGAGAGAAACUGAAUCAGUCUGAGCAAGAGCGUAUACCUUCAGGUGGAGAGAAACUGAAUCAGUCUGAGCAAGAGUGUAUACCUCCAGGUGCAGAGAAACUGAAUCAGUCUGAGCAAGAGCGUAUACCUUCAGGUGGAGAGAAACUGAAUCAGUCUGAGCAAGAGUGUAUACCUUCAGGUGGAGAGAAACUGAAUCAGUCUGAGCAAGAGCGUAUACCUUCAGGUGGAGAGAAACUGAAUCAGUCUGAGCAAGAGCGUAUACCUCCAGGUGCAGAGAAACAGAAUCAGUCUGAGCAAGAGUGUAUUUCCUCAGAGGUUAUGUAUUCGGUGCACUCUAGGAUUCUAAUGACACCUGAACACACAUCUGUUAGAGAAGGUUCAGUAGAAAUAUCCAAAGCAGAAUAUUUGGCUCAAGGUAAGGUAUUCAGUGGGGGACUGGGAACUGAAGCUGUACCAGACAAAAUAGAAGGACAGGAUGACCAGAACCUUUAUAUGUCGACUCAUGCAGACUUCACUGAAAGCCAUUCUAUCUACAGCAGUUUAAACAGCAGGCCUGAGAGUCAAACUGACAUGAACAACUUGGAUAUAGAAGAGUCCAACAGCACAGAUGAUGAGUCGCCAAAUGCAAGCCAGUAUUUGCAACCUGUCACCAAAGCAAAUCUAACUGCAGAUCAGGAAGACUUGUUAGAUGUGGCAGUCUCUCACUAUGAGGAUUGCAAUACUCUUAUUAAACAUUCUGCAGAAGAGGUCACUAGCUAUCAGGCAAGUAAUGAAUGUCUUCAGACAGAUGAAUGGGAAGUCUUAGAAAGUCCAAACAAACACCUGGAAUCUGGAGAUCCUUUUGCAGGUCACAAGAGAGACUCCGAGAGAUCAUCCAAAACUGACAGCGAAGGCCGGGACCUCCACAGCUUCCUCAGCUCUGGUGUACAAAACAACUUCUGGGGUUCCAAUCUGGAGACAGGAGCCCCCUAUCAACCGGAUGAGCCAUAUGACCAUGUGACCGAUCUACCCAAUCAGAACCUAGCCUUGGCUAACAACCUAUCUUGGGUGGAUUUGGAGAAUCCACAGGCAACUAAUUGGAACACAAAGAUGGACAGUGACACACCUAAAGCUUCCACCCUUGAAGAAGAGGACAAACAGAUGCCCUCACAGGUGAAGCAGCUUGUUUGUAAAGAUGUGGUAGAGGGUGUGAAUGUUACUUCUGAAGGUUCUGAAGAUGGAGACUCCUGGUCAUCUGGGGAAGAAUAGGAACAAUUUCAGCAUGGUUUCUAUAAAGGAGUAAAGUAUAAGUAACAAGUGUUACUGAGAGUGUAAAACUAUUUACAUUUUACAGGCUUUGAAUUUGAGCAUUGAUUCACAUAGGUCCUCACAGUGGAAAGUAAAUGAAACGAUAAUUUCAUCCAAACAUGAAUGUACUAUGUCACAGAAUGUCAUGACAAUUCAGUGCUCUCCGGGAUCCUUCGGAUGUCCCUGCCCUAAACCCUAACUAUCACCAUAAUCCUUACCUACACCAUUUCAAAUGUCAACUUCAAUGGGGUAGGGACGUCCCAAGGAUGCGAGAUAGCACAGACCGUCAAAUAUUUAUGCUGUUUUCAAAAACCAAAAAGUUGUGCUUUGGUGCACACCCUGCUGGCACUAACCACCAGUGUACCUACUCCAUUUCAAGACAUUGAGGGCCAUUUUUUGUAAGUUUUACAAAUUGAUGUUUGAAUAGAAUUUGUUUAUUUUGCCUCCCCCCUUUGAAGAACAAAUUAAAAACCAAAGAAAGGACAUUUGAAAGUCAAAGCAUUCCAAACUGCCAUUAAUUGAUAGUUGAUUUGAUUGCACUGAUUGAAGGAAAUCAAUCAGAGCAAAAGUCAGAACCAAGGUAUUUCACUGCACAAGACCUGGGAGCUUGUUUUCUCUAGCAGCAACAUUUUUUAAAAACAUCUUAAGUCCAUUUGAUAAGGACUCCAGCUGUGCCUUCAGAAGGUAUUCAUACCCCCUUGACUUACUCCAUUGAAUAGUGCUAUUUAUGAUUGUCAUUUGAUAUUUCAACUCACACACUACAAGCAGCAAAUCAAAUCAAAUUGUAUUAGUCACAUGCGCUGAAUACAACAGGUGUAGACCCUACAGUGAAAUGCUUACUUACGAGCCCCUAACGACAGUGCCUGUUUAAAACAAUACAGAUAAGAAUAAGAGAUAAAAGUAACAAGUAAUUAAAGAAGAGCAGUAAAAAAUAACAAUAUAUACAGAGGAGUGCCGGUACAGAGUCAAUGUGCAGGGGCACCGGUUAGUUGAGGUAGU